AUGCGUUCAUUCCUCACUGCUGAAGAAUGAGAGCGUUUCUGAAGAACGGAAGUGGACCGACCAUUUUGAAAUCCCGCACCGCUAAGCACAAUGGAUAAGGGCCACACGGUUAAGCUCUUUGUUGGGAACCUGGCCCUGGACACUACGCAAGAAGAAUUGUCAGCCAUCUUUGAAUCAUACGGACAGGUGGUUAGCUGCAGCGUCUUGAGGCAGUUCGCUUUUGUCCACCUACAAGGAGAGGGUGCUGCCGAACGUGCAAUUAGGGAGCUCAGUGGCAGAGAGUUCAAAGGCCGUAACCUAGUGGUCGAGGAGUCCCGGGGACGCCCACUCCAUUCCACAAAGGUUUUUGUGGGUAAUCUGAGCAGUAUGUGCACCACAGAAGACCUCCAGGAGCUGUUUCAGACUUUUGGCAAAGUUUUGGAGUGUGACAAGGUGAAAGGUUAUGCCUUUGUACAUAUGGAAAACAAGGAAGACGCCCUGCAGGCUAUCGAGGCUUUGCAUGGGACCUCCUUCAAAGGCCGGCCACUAUCAGUGGAGCUCUCCAAAGUUCAGCCAAGUAAGCAGGCCCCUACUGGAAAGAUCCCAUGCGUAAGCUGCGGCAAACAGGGUCACUACGCAGGUGAAUGCCCUGCUGGGAAGCCCACCCUGGAGCAAUAUCAGAGCCAAGCAGCCGUGCUAGCCGCUGCGGCUGCUGCAGCUGCUGGCCUGCCGUUGCAGGUUCAACAGAGUGUCCACAAUUCUGUGUACAACACCUCUACCUUUGACCCCACUUACGCUGCUCUGACUGGACUUACAGCUGGUGCGAGGGCAGAGGGAGGAACAGCGGUGGCUCCAGCCGUCUAUGGAGCACUAGCCAGUCAAGUGUAUGGAACAGUUGCCAAUCAGUUCUACAGUGGGACAGUUGCAAAUCAGGCACUCAGCACCGGUGCUGCUGCUGCUGCGCAGAUGUAUGGCUCUGUUAACCCAGCUCUUUAUGGACAGAUGACGAGUGGUGCAGUUGCAGCUGCCGCUGCUGCCGCUGCGUAUGGUCCACAGGUUUAUGCGUCGGCGGUUGCUAAUCCAGUGUUCCUAGCCGCGGCGCACAGCAUGGAGGCUGCUGCUACUGCUGUUAACCCAGCCUAUACAGUAGCACCAGCUCUCUACAGUGCUACCCCAGCUUACGGGGCUCUGGGGGCAGCUGAUCCAGCAGCUUUCUUCGAGGCAGCAAGGGCACACUACUUUGCACAAGGACAGCAAAUGCUAGCUGAACAGCAACAUACCAGCUCCAAGUCAGGAGAGAGAGACCGGAGUCCACUAAGAAGAUCAGCCCCUUUGCUGCCAGACCCUGUUAUGAAGCCAUUUAUGUACCAGAGGGCCAAACGCAGAGCCUUGUUACCUACUCCAGCUGGUCGAGAGGAAGCUUCUGCACAGGAAGACGACCCUAUAGCCAGAUACUACGCCGAAUACUACCAGCAGUACCAGCAGCUGCAGCACUUCCCACAGUACCAGUAUGCCUACCCAUCUCACAACCCCCUUGCGGCGAUGCCUGGACUAUCCACCCUGUCUGGUGUGCCCGCUCAACAAGUAGCAACGCUCGACACUCUCAGGCCAGUGCUGCCCGCCGCCCCCGUGCCUGCCGCCAUCGCAAUGGCAACACCCCGCGUGUAUGAGCCUCCGCCGAUUCCGCCGUCGCACAAGGAGCCCCUCCUCCGCCGCCCCGAACUCGCCCUACACACCCCUGAAACACCCUUCCGAUAGUGUGCUCCACGUCCUUUCUGCCUCUCCUUUCCUUGUGCUGCCUGUGUGUGUGUCAGAAAAACAAACAGAGGUGUGUGUGUGUGUGUGUGUGUGUGUGUGUGUGUGUGUGUGUGUGUGUGUGUGUGUGUGUGUGUGUUUGGGUUUAAGAUGGUGGGUGUGUUGGUUUUACUUAUAGACUGGAAUCUCUAACCUUGGUUCUGAUCACACACCGGUGCAGUCGGGGCUGAAAAAGGGAAACUGCAUGCUCUCAUUCCUGCACACUUUACCAAUGAAACACAUCAGUGGUCUGUUUAAGAAAUGUCCACUGACCUUAAAUCUAUUGCCAGUUAGGUGUAGAUUAGGGGUAGGGGGUAGAUUAGGCAUUAGCCAUGAUGAUUUUAAACUUUUAUAUUCAUAAGUGUUUGUAGUCUAUGAAUGAUACUGUACUUGAUAUUUUUAAACAUUGCUUGAAAUUGUUAUAUGAACGUAACCAGUUUACAUAUUCAUAUAGUUAUUGAGAAAUUAGAUUUCGAAACAUUUCAAUAAGUUUGAAUGUAUGUUUACUCCAAAGGGGUGUGAAGUGUAGGACCAGGGUUGGACAGUGUUUUACAUGUCUUUGUGAGUGUUUCUUGUUUUUCUCUGGGACUGUGGCGUAGCUUGUAUGCUUUCCGUUGGUUGUCACAAUAGGACAUGUACACGUGCACAGGGAAGCAACCUCGAUCCACACGCACAUACGUACACAUCCCUUACAUCCCAGAUGGGGGAAACCUUAGUGAUGACCUUUAACCCCUCCCUUCCAUCCCUGUCCACCCAUCCUGAAAGCUGAAAGACACUGUGACUUCUCUCCCCUCCUACUUUAUGUAGCUACUUCCAUAAAUAUGGGGAUGUAUGGGAAAUACCUAAUCAUGAAGGUGUAGCUAGGCAUUUGCUGGGAUUGGCCCUCCGGCCUGUCUGUCUUAUAGGAGCGUCUCUACGUUCACCGACUUACUGCCACAAAAUUAAUCGUAGAAUCUGUUUUUUUAAUGCUAUCAUGUUUUUUUAUAUAUAAAAGUAGUUAUAAGGGACUCAAUAUUCAUUUAAAGAAACAUACUCCUUUUAAUUUUUUUACUUUUGUUUACAGCUGCAAGCGAGAUAUACUUCGUUUUUUUUACGCAAUGAUUGUUUAUAGCCAAAAAAAGAAAGCCUGCCAAAAUCAUGUUUUUCAGUGGCCUAUGAUUCUUAUGCCUUAGUAGUGAAAUGUAUUAAAGAUUUGCUUUUUUUUAUUUUUUUUAUCUGUAGUCUUAUAAUGUGAAACUGGAUUAAGGCUACACUUAAGUGCUGUAUAUUUUGUGGUGCUGUGAUUUGGAAUUAAAUGCAUUGGGAGAUUCCUA